AUGGAAACAAGACGUAAGCGAGAGUUGGAGCUGGUUAACCGGUUGAAGGUUUUGCAAGCACAGUACGACGAGGAAACGAAGCGGAUGCAGGGAUCGGAAGAAGGUCUGCGUACUCAGCUCGAAAGUCGCGGUCGUCAGCUAUCAGCGCUUCAGGACACCAUCAAAUACCUGGAAAACCAACACGUCGAAGAACUGCAACGGAUUCGUCAAUCGGAAGAGGAUUUGCGGAUUCAACUCGAACAUCGGAAUCGGGAACAAGCAACAAUUCAGAGGCAGAAUGCAGAGCUAGAGAGUGAGAUCCAGCGUCUGCGGGCUACGGAACAACAGUUGCAGUCCCAACUAGUAGUCACUUGUCAACGGGAGCAAGAAGCGAUUCGUCUGCGAAGUAAAGCGGAAAAGGACUACUGGGCGUUACGUGACGAAGUUCAGCAGUUGGAAGAUGUCGUUCAAACACGUAACGAAGGUCAAUCGUCGACAUUUGGACCAUCGUCUCAACAAUUGGCAGCCAGGCAAGUGGUCACUAAGGAGUUGCCAAUCUUCUCUGGUGAUCCUGUAGAUUGGCCGCUUUUUAUAAGCAGCUACCAGCAUUCGUCGGAGAUUUGCGGCUACUCCAACGCAGAAAACCUUCUGCGGCUGCAGCGUAGCCUUAGAAGUUCCGCCAAAGAUGCAGUCAGCAGCUUUUUGCUGCACCCGUCAACGGUGCCUCAAAUUUUGUCGACACUUCAGCAACUGUAUGGUCGUCCGGAACAGAUCGUCAACAAUAUGAUCGCUAAGGUGAGGGCAACUCCAGCUCCACGGACGGAUCGAUUGGAGACACUGGUGAGUUUCGGACUAGUGGUGCAAAAUCUAUGCGGCCACUUGAAAGCAGUCGGAUUGGAAAGGCAUUUGUCAAACCCCAUCCUACUACAAGAACUGGUCGACAAACUACCAGCAACAGCGAAAUUCAGUUGGGCGCUCUAUCAGGAGCAGGUUCCGGUAGUUGACUUGAAUGUGUUCAGCGGUUACAUGGCGAAAGUGUCAUCGGCAGCUAGUGGCGUAACCCAGCUUGUCAGCAUUCCGCCGAAAGCUGGAAGGGAAGAGCGAAGCAAACCCAAGGAGAAGUCGUUCAUAAACGCGCACAUGGCAACGGAAACGGAGCAAUCGAAGCAUCGCGAAGAGCCAACCAGAACGAGAAAUUGGGAGAAAGCGGCAGAAGAAACGCAACAGCCGAAGUAUUCAAGUACACGCAGCAAAUUCUGUCCGGUGUGCAAGGUUGACGGCCAUCAGAUUGGAAAUUGUGCAGCUUUCAAAAGACUCGAUUUGGACGGUCGUUGGAAGUCGGUAAAGGCAAACAAACUUUGCGCACGUUGUCUCACAUCGCAUGCACGUUGGCCGUGUAAGGGUGAAGUUUGCGGGAUCAACGAAUGCCCGAAGCGGCACCACCGUUUACUGCACUUCGAGCCACCGGUUGAAUCGAAAUCGGACGAAGCAUCUACGAGUGCGGUGGUUACAGUACAUCGUCAGAUUACCUCAUCAACCCUUUUUCGGAUCCUUCCUGUUACCUUAUUCGGUCAAAGAGGUCAGGUCAACACAUAUGCUUUUCUAGAUGACGGAUCCUCAGUGACGCUCGUGGAACGGUCGAUCGCAGAGGAAUUGGGUGCCGAAGGCAGAGUGGAAUCGUUGUAUCUUCAAUGGACAGGAGGCGUUAACAAGAAGAUUUCUGGAUCGGAGGUUGUGAACAUGGAGAUAUCAGAAGCUGGCGGAAACAAACGGUUCAAGGUAUCGGAUGUGUAUACGGUGGACAACUUAGGACUUCCUCAACAAACGUUGGACUUCGAGGAACUCUCAUCAAGCCUAGGGGUAGCAGUUGUUCCUGCUGUGAAAGGGGUAGAAGAGCAGAGGGCAUAUAAGAUCCUGGAAGAAACCACGCGCCGUACCAGUACUGGGAAGUACGAGACUGGUUUGCUUUGGAAGUACGACUACAUUGAGUUUCCGGACAGCAGACCAAUGGCGGAGCGUCGUUUUAAGUGCCUUGAAAAGCGCUUAGCUCGGAAUCCGAAUCUAUACGACAGCGUCUGUCGUCAAAUAGCAGAUUUCAAAUCCAAAAGUUACAUACAUGAAGCGACCAUGCAGGAACUGGAAGGGUUUGAUCUACGUCGAACCUGGUUCCUUCCUAUCGGAGUAGUUUUGAAUGAGAAGAAGCCUGGGAAAGUCAGAGUUAUCUGGGAUGCUGCAUCGAAGGUUGAAGGCAUAUCGCUAAACUCAAUGCUUUUGAUAGGUCCGGAUCUCCUAACCCCGUUAUUUUCCGUAAUGUUCCCGUACCGGGAACGCCAAGUUGCAGUGUCAACCGACGUCAAAGAGAUGUUCCUGCAAAUGCUGAUCCGUGAACAGGACCGCAGCGCUUUGUUGUUUCCUUACAGAGAUUCACCCGAGCUACCAAUGAGCAUCAUGGUUUCGGACGUGGCAAUAUUCGGAGCGGCCUGCUCUCCUGCGCACUCCCAGUACAUAAAGAACCUGAACGCAUCGGACCAAGAAUGGGAACUACCGAGAGGAGCAGCAGCCGUUACAAAGCGGCACUAUGUGGACGACUACGUAGACAGUUUCAAUACAGCGGAAGAAGCGUACGAGGUAGCCAAGGAAGUAAUCGAGGUGCACAGGCGCGCGGGAUUUCAUAUCCGCAAUUGGAUGUCGAGUGACAAAAGCGUGUUGGAGAAGUUAGGAGAACCUAACAGGGAACCAUCAAAAAUCAUGCUACCGGAUAAGGAGGUUGGAUACGAGCGAGUGCUAGGGAUGGUCUGGUUGCAAGAGGAAGAUGUUUUCGCAUUCUCACUACAGUUUUGCGAAAGAAUUCGAACCUUGGUGGAAGCUCCUGCAAUUCCCACGAAGAGAGAAAUGCUACGAGUCGUCGUGAGUAUGUAUGAUCCGUUGGGUUUAGUGGCUUCGUUCGUAGUACACGGAAAGAUCCUGAUUCAGGACGUUUGGCGGACAGACACUGAAUGGGAUGGCAAGGUUCCGGAAGUGAUCGUGAAGCGCUGGAUGGAAUGGCUUGUGGUACUCAAGGAGAUGGAUGGAUUACGCAUUCCACGUUGCUAUUUUCUUGAAUACGAUGCUGAUAGCUUCAAAUCCCUGGAGCUACACAUAUUCGUUGAUGCCAGCGCUCAAGCUUUCGCGGCUGUAGGAUACUUCCGCAUAGUUGACAAAGGGCAUAUCAGGGUCGCACUAGUUUCAUCGAAAACCAAAGUUGCACCCCUUAGAGGACUUUCGAUACCGCGAUUAGAAUUGAUGACAGCUUUGCUGGGAGCUCGCUUGCGGAGAACAAUAGACCGUAAUCACACGCUGAAAAUCCAUAAAACUUUCUUUUGGAGCGACUCUUCGACAGUUUGUUCAUGGAUAAAAUCCGAUGUGCGUAGGUAUCGCCAAUUCGUGGCCUUCAGAGUCGACGAAAUACUCAGUUUAUCGAGCGUCGAUGAGUGGAGAUGGAUUUCAACCAAGGUCAACGUAGCAGACGAAGCAACCAAGUGGGGGAAAGGCCCUUCUUGCAACGUAGACAGCCGAUGGUUCCAGGGACCAGAAUUUCUGUAUGCACAGGAGGCAGGAUGGUCGAUGGAUCCCAACGAAGAAGGGAAUAUGGAUGAAAGCGACAAAGAACUUCGAGCGGCGGUCGUUUGCAGUCAUCUCGUCGUACAACCGGUGGUGGACGCAGAGAGGUUUUCGAAGUUUGAACGAUUGCUGCAUUGUAUGGCGUACAUGUACCAUUUCAUCAACAACCUGCGUACCCCGAGUACUGAGUUAGCUGACACGGUUGGAAUGACUAGUGAAGAACUGCAGAUGGCGGAAGGAAUCUUGUGGCAGACAGCACAAUCCGAAGCGUUUGCUGAGGAAAUUACUAUUUUGAAGCAAAGACGAGGUGACCAACGUGCGUUGGGAAAGCAAUUGGAUCCAUCAAGCGCUAUUAUGAAACUGACACCAUUCGCCGAUGAAUACGGGGUUCUGCGAGUGGGAAGUCGUGCUGCAGCAGCGCAGAUAUUGUCUUACGAUGCGAAGUUUCCUAUAAUUCUACCCAGAAACCAUCGCAUAACGGAUUUGUUGUUGGACUAUUACCAUCGCAAAUAUGGACACGCAAAUGGUGAAACGGUAGUCAACGAGGUGCGCCAAAAGUUCCAUGUUCCGAAAUUGAGGGUUCAGCUGCGACUAAUCAAGAAACGUUGCAUGUUGUGCCACGUGUACAAAGCGACGCCUGUCAUGCCAAAAAUGGGACCGCUACCUUCGGUACGAUUAGAACCAUUCGUACGCCCUUUCACCUACGUGGGAGUGGACAUUUUCGGCCCAUAUUUAAUCAGGAUUGGACGAAGUGCAGUGAAGCGAUGGGUUUGCCUGUUUACAUGUCUCACCGUUCGGGCUAUUCAUCUCGAGGUUGUCGCCAGUCUAUCCACAGAUUCCUGUAAAAAGGUGAUAAGAAGGUUCAUUGCGCGGCGUGGCUCUCCCCAAGAAAUCUACUCCGACAACGGAACUAACUUCGUCGGAGCGAAUCGGGAUCUGGUGGACGAAGUCAAGAAGAUCAACAUCGAACUGAGCAGCACGUUCACAAAUACGGAAACUCAGUGGCGUUUUAACCCACCUUCUGCCCCUCACAUGGGUGGUUGCUGGGAAAGGAUGGUUCGGGCCGUAAAAUCUGCUCUAGGAUCGAUUCCGGCAGUCCGGAAGUUGGAUGAGGAAUCACUAGCAACCGUGUUAGCAGAAGCGGAGAGUAUGGUUAACUCGCGACCGCUCACCUACAUUCCCUUGGAAACGGCUGAUCACGAAUCCUUGACCCCAAAUCAUUUUUUGAUGUUAAGCUCCAACGGAGUUCGUGAGCCUGAGAAAACCCCGACGGACGAUGGAAUGGCCUUGCGAAAUAGCUGGAAUAUGGUGCAACAUACGCUAGAUAACUUUUGGCGUCGCUGGAUAGUGGAGUACCUGCCAACCAUCACUCGGCGAACAAAGUGGUUUCGGGAUGUAAGACCAAUCAAAGAAGGCGAACUAGUAUUCGUGGCAGACGAGAACGUAAGAAACCGUUGGAUGAGAGGACGAGUAGUUCAGGUGAUCCCAGGCAAGGAUGGAGUGGUUCGCCGGGCAGAAGUACUGACGUCAAGAGGGAUUCUGAAGAGACCUGCAGCGAAACUGGCUGUGCUGGACGUGGAGAAUUCUGGUGACGCCAAACCCGAAGCUAUGGCGACACGCGGGGGAGGAUGUUCGCCGCAACAACCCCUUGUAUCGGUUACCAGUAGUGGUAGCUAACGCGCCACAUUAUACCAAACGGUUGAUCUGUGAACCCAAGCCGUCAAACGUGAUGAUGGACAGAUUAGAGAGAGGGAGAACAAUAAGGACUGAUAAGAGAUAUGAGAUAAAAGAAUGUAAACAAAUCUUAUCGUACAUAUAUGAUACAGUGAUAGGAAAGUUAAUAUUUGUGAAGCAAAGCGGAAGAAUUAGUUAAAAUAAUAAGGUGAUUUAUUUGAAUUUAUACCUACAUUAAAUUACUAAACAUAAAACUAAUUACAGGAUAAUAAUUAGAAUUUCACGAACUGUUGUGACAUAUAUUAAACACAUAAAACGGAGACUGAAUUGUGACUUUAAGCUAAUAUACACUCAACUCUGAGUUGUUUUUUGCUGGAAGAACUCCGAGAAAAUCUGUCGCAACAAUGCAUACAAAAACAACCACAUAUGCUUUGUAAACUUUGGACUUCUUCCUAAAAAUAAAGAAUAUAUUUCCAUUUUAGAUGUUGUCAGAACAUGAAACCACCGGAUAGUGAUUCUCUGUAUGCUUUAACAAUUCUUGGAAUCGACCGACCCCUUCCAGAGAAUGAUAACAACAAUGUCAUAUUAGCCAGUGACAUUCAAAUGGUAGGAAAUUAAUGAUCAAGAAAGGUCCCACCGAAUGGCAUCAUUGUCAUAGUUUUAAUUUAAAAAAAACAAAUUUACUUACGCUUCUGUUCAAUUUCAGCUGCAAUUUUAAUCGUUGUCAGCAUAAAGCAAAGAAAAAAACGUUUUACUAUUUACGACAAUCAACAAAACCCAAUUAUUGACAGCUAUUUAUUUCUACCUAUGUGUAUGAAUGCACUCUAUCAUACACAGGUUCCACUUUUGCUCAGAAGAGGCGUUGCCGUUACUGUCUCCUGAUUUGCCAGUCUUCUUGAUUUGUAGUCUUCGCAAUAACCUUUUCGGCCUUCACCAUUUCUUCUGCCGUAACACUCUUGGUAACACUAAACACAUAUUUUUUCCUUCUUCAGGUCAAUAAACCUCAUCACGUAGGCCCAGCCCUUAAAAGCUUCCUGUAAUCACUCACUUUGUUGAAUUGCAUUGGCGGUUCACUUCUCACAGCCACCAACACCCUUUCUGGCCUGAUGUCAGGUAGGACUGAUUCCUCCAAUUCUUCUGGCUCAUCUGCUUUAAACGCCUGCUUUCACUGCAUAGAUUGGCCAUUCCUCCACGAUUUUUUGUUCACAAUGUCUAUUGGCAAUUCACCUCUCGAGAUGGCAUCUGCAGGAUUUUCUUCCGAUCUGAUAUAAUUCCAAGUGUAAUCUGGAGUUAGUUCCAGCACCGCAACCGCCUUCUGCUAUUAUGCUUCGGAUGUAAACCACAGCUCCAUAUGCCCGCCUAGAAAAUCCAUGUAAUUUAAUCCAUGUCGCAUUACUGAGAACUACACAACGUUGCUUUUGUUUUUGAUUGAUUACCGUUAGCUCUUCUCGAAAAUGCUGCUAUUGAUGCAACAAUUCGUCAGGAAGCUGCUCAUCCCAGUCUAGUCCAAGACGCCAUUAAUCUUGCGUGAUAAUUUUCGCACAGGUGAUGACUGGUUCCAGGAAUCCCAAUGGAUUGAAAAGCCGACCGAUAUCCGACAACACCUCACGCUUCGUAGAAGAAAUCUUCCCAUCAAUCAACGGCUCGACGUGGAAAAUGAAAUAAUCUUCCGAAGGAUUCCAGAUCAAUCCAAGAAUUGUAUGACAUUCCCCUGAAAGCCAUUCCCCAGAAUGCACCAUUUCUCAGAGAACAAAUCCACAGAAUGAACCAUUACCCAGAAAAAAUAAAUCCCCAGAAUGUACCAUUCCCCAGAAAAGAUGAUGAAAUUAGUAAUUUUCACUUUUCUUUUUUUUACUAUUGAUAAUACACUAUGUUUACUUUUAUGGAACUAUGUAUUUAUCAAUUCCAAACCAUUUUUUAGCUCUUUAUAAAAUGGCAACCUUCAAGUUUUCAAGCUCUUCGUUCAUCAUUUAAUAAGUAAAAGGGUCUAUUAUGCAAUCCAAUUCAACCAGUCGGAAACUGUUAAACCUUAUCGAAGAAUUGUUCGACCUGAGUUGAAGAAUUUCUCGUGAUGGAUUAAAAAAUCGGUGCAUGGAACAUUGAACUACCGAUUACAAAUUUAUAACAUAAUUCUACUCGUUAUUAUCCCAAAUGGCACUACCCCCAAUCCCUUGAGAAAAGCUAUUGAUUAUAUAUUUUCCUUAUAUAAUAAAAGAAGGGAAUAUUCCCUUCUUUAUCAUACAUCCAAAGAAUUAAUUAUUUUCUCUUUUAUAUAUACAAAGAAGGGAAUAUCACCGACAAACCGACAUAAAUGAUAAUACAAAUUACAAAGAAAUUUCUGCUCAAAGCACAAAGGUUCUAGCCACGAACACGCGUACAAAAUUUAUGAGUUGGUUCGAAUCUAAUUAAUCAUGUUUUGUUGUUUUUGACAUCAUCCACAUCCAGAGGGCCAGUCACUUUCGAAUGUAUGGGAAUGGUAGGAAACCAUUUGAAAAUGCAUGAAAAUUUUCAGUUUUUAUUCAUAAUCGUCUUUAUGGGCAGUUUUAGAUGCACAAAAAUUGCACGAGUACAUUACUAUGGUGAUAAGGUAAACACUCGUUUAUUUGUUUUCUUCUGUGAAAGCAUUUUUAGUCACAAAUCGUGGAUUUUCUGGUAUUCUCCAUACUGCAAAAAUGAUUUUCCUACCACUGAAGGGGCGACAUCUAUCGGAUCUUCUACUCAAAUCAUAUAAUUAAUUGAGAAAUCCAACUUAAACUCAUGCGCGCCUGGUGGCAGGAAUAAGCACUAACCGACGGUGAUAAGUCUGUGACAGCCCUUGAAAAUUUCAUUGAUUGUUUGCAAAAUUAUUUAAUUUCAAUGUAAUUUCAUGAAAAUUUCUUGUCAGCAUGGAUGAAUCUUGUACAAAAUGCAUAAAACUAUUUUAUAAUGCAUUGUUCUUAAAUAAAAAGCUACUUCAAGACUUAUAAAUUACUGAAAACAUGUUAAGGUUUGAAAUCAUCUGCCGAUUAAACAACAGACAAAGUUGACCGACUAAAUCAAUCGACGAAAAACUAUUAAAUAGGCCGAUUGCUCGGUGUAGCACCAGACGAAAAACGAUUUAAUCUGCUGAUUAAUACGCCGACUGAAAUUAAUUUUUAAGUGGCAAUAGAUUUAGUCGGUGGACGAAUCGGGUGAUCUGGAUGAUGUUUGUUUAUUUGGAAGAUAUUUACGAAACAAAGCACGAUAAAAUUCAGAAUUAUAUACCAUUAUUACGAGUACUACUUUUUUGCUCGGAUCAUGUUUUGACUCCCACAGAAACUCACUAGAAUAAAUACAAAAUAAUAGUUUUUUGGUUGAAAUUUCAAAAAUGUAUUCAGUUUGACACAUUAUUUCGGACUUAUCACCGCUGCGAUUGCAGCGCCAUGGCGGCCGAUUGAAACUUGGAUUUGUCAAUCUAUUUCGGACAAAUUAUUUUUAUCUAGAUAAAACAUUUCUAUGGUUUUGACAGAUGGGAUCGCUUCACAUUUGAAUCGGCCGUUAUGGAUUCUCGAUCAAGAAUUAAGUUUAACUUUCAUGUCGGUUUGUCGGUGAGAAUAUUCCCUUCUUUAUCGUUUAUCCAUAGAAUUAAUUAUCUCCUUUUCUUAUAUUUUCAAAAAAGGGAAUAUUCCCUCCUUUAUCAUAUGUUUAGCGAAUUAAUGAUGUUUUCUUUUAUAUAUUCAAAGAAGGGAAUAUCACCGACAAACCGACAUUAAUGAUCAUACAAAUUAGAAAAAAAUUUCUGAUCAAAGCACAAAACUGACAUCUGCCGCCGUGUUUGCGAAAAGUAUGUAUCCUAGCCACGAACACGCGUACAAAAUUUAUGAGUUAGUUCAUUUCCAUGUUUAUGACAGAUGGGAUCGCUGCACAUUUGAAUCGACCGUUAUGGAUUCUUGAUCAAGUGUUAAGUUUAUGUGUCAUGUCGGUUUGUCGGUGGGAAUAUUCCCUUCUUUAUCGUAUAUCCAAAGAAUUAAUUAUUUCCUUUUGUUAUAUUUUCAAAGAAGGGAAUAUUCCCUUCUUUAUCAUACAUCCAAAGAAUUAAUUAUUUUCUCUUUUAUAUAUUCAAAGAAAGGAAUAUUCUCUUCUUUAUCGUUUUUCUAAAGAAUUAAUUAUUUCCUUUUCUUAUAUUUUCUAAGAAGGGAAUAUUUCCUUCUUUAUCAUAUAUU